AUGGCAAGUAGUAACUCUUGGAGUGGCGAUGAUUGGAACGAGUGGAAAGCUCUGAACGCAGAACUCGAAGCAUCGUACGAAUCACACUCAAAAGCCUGGAACAAGCUUUACUAUGCCAGAAUGCACGAUCGGCUACCGCGCGAGAUCCGGGAUAUGAUCAAUGCCGAAUUCUGGGAUGAAGACUACUUGACAGGCGGAGAAGGCUAUAAGGUAGCCAUGAAGGUUAGGGACGAACCCACACUUGGCUAUAUAUCGUUACCUCAUCGUAUCCUGCCCAUCUCACACGUCGUCCUACCAGGGUACGUAGGAGAUGCAGCUGCAAAAGAGAACGUCCAGAUGUGGUACGAGGCCUACGGAACCAUGGCCUGUUACCGCGACUGGCUCGCAGUCGGCAGCCGCAAUAUAGGUGAAGAGCUCACGAGAGCUAUAUGCAAAGAUAUAUUCGGGGUGGGCUUGGAUCCUGCCACUGCUCUCCGAAAAUUGACCAUCGAAGUCUCCGACACCUCUCUCGUGCUAGGCCACGAGCAAUCCGACUUCAAAGAUGCUACCUCACGUGAAGACGCAUUCAACCUGCUUCUUCGCAUCAAGAAGAAGAGAGGGUUCAAGCUCGAAAUCAUUGUCCUCCACGAUUGCAUCCGUCUCAAGAUGUGGCCCGAAAUCCUUGGCCUCCUGCAACCCAUCGUUAAGUUAUCGACAGCCUGGAACAUGCUAUGCUCUGCUAGGAUGCAAGAACGACUGCCUGUCGAGAUUCGCGAGAUGAUAUAUGCACAAAUCUGGAACGUGAAGUAUCUCAAAUCCGUAAGACAGCCAAGGCAGCAGUCCGGUCCUCUUGACCACUCCGAUCCGAGGUGCCAUACACAUGUUGUUCGGCCAGACUUCAUGGGCAAAGAGACAGCCCUGGAAAUGGCGCGGGCAUGGUACGAAGCCGCAGCUACACUCACACCAGACACAUUCACAAUCCCUGAUAAUCGGGAGUCGAUCAAACGAACCGUGUGUGAAGAUUGCUUCCAAGUCGGCCUAGACCCAGCAACCGUCCUUCGGACUCUCACCAUCGACUUCGACGAAACUACGUCUAGGCUCGCUAGUCCGUAUUGUAAGUGGCCGGACGCAGAUACACGCCGCAAUUCUUUCGAUCUUCUCCACUUGAUCAAGAAGAAGGCCGGUUUCCGACUCAACUUUCGUAUAUGCACUCCCAAGUUCCGAUUGAACUGUUGGCCCGACUUCUUCGAUCUCUUACAACCUAUAGUCAAGACUCUGGAGAACGAGGGUGCUAUCGUCGACGUCCAGGCUAUACAUUGUAGUCAGGGUCUGCAUCCCACACCAUAUGUAUUUGUGGACUUGAACAGUAUCCUCAGAAGUCAUGAUCCAGUAAACUGGAAGCAGGGAAUAAUCGAAUAUCUGGACUCGAUCUGUGACUGUCGCAUUAGGAAUCAGGACAGACAUUAUCGAGGGGAGGACGAGCCGGAUUACAAUCCAGACGAUGGGCAGGAGGAUUAUUGGAACUGGGAUUUGCUCGAAGACAAAGGCUUACGACCUUCUGAUUUUGAUAGAGGGUUGUCGAGACAGAAUUGUGGUUGCGAUGGCUCCGGGAGGCGCAGGUCGUUUAAGUCUGGCUUCAUCAAGCGGAAGGACCUCGAUGCUCAGAAAGAGGUCAACUCAGUCAAAGAUGAAAUCGUAGCUACUAAUGCAAAGCUCGAUGCGUUACAGAAACAACGCAAAGAGAUGACGAAAAAGAAGAUUGAUGCGCUUCUCCGGGCUUAUCGUAUCGAAAACAACGACGAUUAUGACCCCACUUCACGUCUCGAAGAUGGCGAUACUCCUUACGGGACGGAUGAAGACAUCUACAGCGAUGAAGGCGAUAGCGAUGACAGUGUUGAAAGGUAUCGCCAUGAUGGUCGAGGAAAUUAUCCAGGUGCAGUGUCUUCGCCACGUCAGUACGGAAGUGACCUCAUACAAUGGAAGAACGACUUGCUAGAGGAUCUCGAAAUGGAAGAAAGUGAGGCAAUCAAAGACAUGUACGAAUACUGGGAGAGCUUCGACGCGCCCAGCUGGGUGGGUGCCUCCUCCGAGUCUGAGCACAAUUCGUACAGCUACGCGAACUAUCUCAGCAUUGAGAAGGCAGAUCAAAGCAUUAAAAAUCGAAGAAGCAAGAGCGCGACAGCCUGCCCUAAACAUGGACAAAUUCCAUACUUUAUGAGACCUGGAUUCGUAGGGGAUGCAUCGGCCUUGGAGAUUGUCGAAUUCUGGUACAAGUCGAUCUCGAGAGUAAAACCCGACAUGUGGGAAUUACGAACCACAGACGAACUCGACUACGUUAUCCGUGGCGACGCCUUCUCUGUCGGUUUGGAUACUACAACUGUUGUGCGCAAGUUGACACUCAGGCUUACUACCGACGGAUUCCUAAGGAACAAGGGCAAGGACACCAGCGAAUCGAAACGAACUGUCGACGCGCUGCUCCAGAUAAAGAAUAAGGCGAAUUUCAAACUAAGACUGCGGUUGGAGCAGUCAUACCUCCAACUGAAUCCCUGGUUCACCGUCUUCGACAUCUUCCGACCCAUGAUCGAGAAAUUUGAGGAAGAAGGCGCGGACGUAAGGCUGCUUCUUGUCUACGCCCAAGAUCUUAAACCGAAAUUGGUGUUCAACAUGCUCCCCGCGUUGAAGAAUCCCGAAUCCAACUGGAGAGAGGAAGCCGCUCGUCACUUCGACAGUGAUUCCCGCGUACGCGAGCAUCACAAACACUAUCGCAUCGAAAACGACGCAGACUACGACCCACGGGAACUUAAGAGCAGGGACUACAGCGAGGAUGACUGGGAGUCAGACGAUUACCUAGGCUAUGAAGAAACUGACUCUGACCGCGAUGAAGAUGGCAAAUCGAUUUCUCCGGAACCUCCAUGGACCCCUUAUGAGCCGCCGCGAUAUUAUGGAACUAUGUUUAGAGAGGAUCAGAUUGAAGAGGGGUAUGAGCUGGAUAGCGCGAGUGAGGGGGAUGACUAG